GCUGGAUGGCGUGGCUUAUUUUCCCCCAGUUCCUAUUGUGCUUGGAUCAGUCAACCUUAGGGACGAGGAAGUGCACAGUACAGCUCAGCUUUUGUAACUCCUCAUUUCGUUUGGAAAUGUUAUCAAAACAAACAGAUGUCAGCAGGACGAACCUUAAGACCUGUGCAGAAUCUGCUCUGUCAGAAACGAAUUCAGAGUCAGUUUUGCCUGCCUAAACAUUUCGCCCAGCAGCUCAUUAAAAUGGAUAUAUUCAAAGGAGACUCCCCCCCCGCCCCAGAUUAGAUCAUUCCUGUGAUAAAAGCAUUAACAAGCAUAUUUUCCCAUAAAUAAAAUGAACAAGCCUUGAGGGCAGGGAAGGUUAUUUAGCCUGCAAUAACUUAAAUCCCACACUCGUCCUUCAGGGAAUAAGGGAACCAGUUCACCCCUUUGCUGUAGCUGAGAACAAGCCCGAGAAUGGCCUCUGACCAGCAGAAUGGGCAAAGUGGGGUUUCUUCCAGCUUGACAUGGCAGCAGGUCCCGGUGAGGAGAAAGACUUGGAAUGCCCUGAGGCCACUGACGAGCUGCCCGGGCAGGCGGGGAGCACUCAGAGGAAGGACAGGAGCAAAGAUGCUGACGUGCUGGUGAGCAGUGACGGGGAGAGCAGCAAAGCCCAUGGGCUAGAGGAGGCAAGGACCCGGCUUGGUGUCUCUGAGCAGGAUCUGGACGAGCCUGAGCUGAGCAUGCCCGAGCCAGCGCCGCUCGGCGUGGACAAGAAGCGGGCGGAGAAGGUGGGAGCCAAAGGCAGUGCUACCAGCCCUCCAGUCCCCAAGAGCCUCCCCGUGCAGAGGAAGGUGGAGCCCCCCAGCCUGGACCCCGCGGAGGAGCCGCUCCUCUGGGAAGGGCUCACCCUCAACAAGUGCAUCCUCGUGGCCUCCAUCGUUGCCCUGCUCAGCGUCACCUUCCAGGUGCUCCAAGCUCCAUGCUCCAGGGAGGGAGUCAGCCGCGGCAGGCAGGACCCGCCACCACCUCCCCUUCACGAGGUGGUCAGCACCAAGGAGGAGGAGGUCCAGGAAGUGGUGACUGCCCAACCUAUCCAGCCAGAGAGCAGCAUGUUUGAGGAUGAUGAUGGUGACGAUGACGGUGAUGAUGACAGUGAUGCCGACAGCAACCUGGCAGAGCCCUGGAUCUUCAAGAAGUGGUUUGGCCGCUCAGUACCAGAGGAUGAGGAUGAGGAUGAGAAUGAGGAUGAGGAUGAGAAUAAGGAUGAGAAUGAGGAUGAGGAUGAAGAGCCCACAGAAGAACCCACAGAUGUCCCUGAGGUGACACCAGCUGUGACAGAGGUGAAGAAGAGACGGGAGAAGAAGCUGGAGAAGAAGGAGGAGAAGGCCCGGGAGGCACGUGCUGCCCGGGCGGAGCGGAGCAGCUGGAGGGAGGCACGAGCCAAAGACAGGGCACAAGGGGACAAGCCCAGCAGAGCCCCCAGGGCCCCCCGGGAGCCGGAGCAGCAGCCCCAGAAGAAGCGGGGCCGGGAGGGAAAGGAGAGCCGGCGGCAGCGGGACGAGCCCAGGAGGGAGGGGUGGAAGGGACGUCCCGGCAGGGCUGAUGAUGGCCGGGAGAGCCCAAAGCGGGACUGGCGGCAGCAGAAGGGCAGGAAGUCCUGGGAAGACGGCCCAGCCCGGCCCAAGGAGGGCAAGAGGCGCGACUGAGGCCGGGGCAACCAAGGGGCUCGGUGAUGCUGAACCCAGUGGGAUCCAACCCCGGCAGUGCCCCCAACAAGGGCACUCUGCUGAUCCCUGCCUGCUCUCCAGAGACACCCCCAGGCCAGCAGCACCGGCAGCAGCUCCAGGAUCACCCAGCAGCAGCAGAGCAGCCUGGGAGCCUGGCACCACCCUCCUGGGGACUUUGGGCCCCCCUGGAUUAGAUGCACAAAGGCAACCCAAAAGGACCAGGGGACGGAGAUUCUCUCCACCCGGCCUUGGUGCAGUUUCUCCAUCCCCACCCAGAAUCUCUCUUGCAGCCCAUUUUCCCUUGUGGUCCUGAGGCAUCGGGACAGCACAGUGGGCACAGGGAUCCCAGUGAACAGAGAUUGUCUCCAGACUGUGUAGCUCUUAGUUAAUGGUUUUAUUCAAAGCAAAUUGAGAGAGAAAGUACAUUCUGGGUGAAGGAAGCCAUCCUCAGAGAGGUGUCAGAGGAACAACCACCCUGACCUUGCUGGGCCCCGGUGCUGUUGCUGCAGGGUGGCAUGAAGCUUUGCUGGUAAAAACCAGGGCUGGAGAGCCCAUCACCGGGGAUCCCUUUGGGCUUUGCCUUCACAGAGUCACUUUUAGGAACGAAACACAAGUGCAAUAUCACGCAGCGCUGUAGCAACUACAGGAGACGUUCACAGCCCCAACCCACGGCAGGUUUAAGUAUGUGCUAAAUCAAUGCAGAUUAAAAUAAACUAUUUUCAUUUUUAAUAAGGUAUGGUGUUUAGAAAAAAAAAGAAAAAAACAAACAAGAAAAGCUCUUGUCCCUGGUUAUGUUUGUGUGAUUUCUGUGACCCCCAUCCCCGAUGUACAGGGGCACAGGGCUAACUCGGGUCCCUGCAUGGGCUGUGGGAUGGGGCCAGUGACAGCACUGGAGGGGCUGCAGCCAGGGUGAACCCAGGAGCUGCUUUCGGGGGGUUUGGACCCUUGGACAGCCCUGGCCGGGCUGAGCUGGGAAGAUGAUCUGGGAGCAGCCGGGCUCUCGGUGCUGACGCUGGCGGGGACGUGGAGCAGGUGCUUUGGCAGCCGCUUGUGCCCGCUCCCAUUAAUGGUGUGAGCAGGCAGGAGGAGUAACGGGAUCGCUCCCUCCCUUGCCCCAGAGUGGGGUCAGUGCAGGGUGACGCAGACGGGACCCAGCCAGGAGCCCUGAGCCUCUGCCAGCGCCUCUCCAUGGCCCCAUCGCACAUGGGGACGGAUCCCAGGUAAAGGCUGGUCCCUGUGAGGGGAUUUUGCCUCUUGUUCUGCUUUCGCAGGUGGAGCUGUGUGCCAGCAGGGGCUUAGUGAUGGGCCAGAGGAUGCUGCAAGGUGAUGGGGGCUUCGAGGAAGCAACAACUGCCCUUCCCAGCUGCUACAGGAACACAAGGCAGCGGAUAAAUAAGCAUAAUCCUGGCU